AUGAUUGUCGACAAACAGGGCUUGGUUUCCGAGCUUAAGACAGUGCUCAACGAAGCCACCAGCAACCCCAACACGAUGCCCGGGGUAAUUGCUGGUGUCACCGAUGCCAAAAAGACGCUCUUCCUCGAGGCGCUGGGGAUCAAGGAAGUGGGGCACCCCGAGGCCAAAGUCGGCCGUGACGACCGCUUAUACUUGUUCUCGUGUACCAAGGCGAUGACGGUAAUGGGGGCAUUGAUCCUCUACGACCGCAAGCUCCUCAAUUUCGAUAUCCCCGCCCUGACGUACUUGCCGUUGAUCGGCGACAUUGGCAUCCUCGACGAGGAGCUGGUGGACUUGGAAACCGGCGAAAUCAAGCUACCCCCGAAGAAGCCCAACAAUCCGGUGACCAUCCGCCACUUGAUCACCCACACCGCAGGGUUCUCGUACUCGUUUUUGCACCCAGUGUACAUGGCCCUCACCAAAGUGAGGCCUGAAGUUAACGGUCUCCAGGCCACCAGAGCCUACUUCUGUCAAGAAAAGAUCCCCUUGACGUUUGAACCAGGCACUGAGUGGGCCUACGGCCACAAUAUCGACUGGUUAGGCGUGAUCAUCGAGGAGGUGCUGGGGAUGAAGUUGGGCCAGUUCUUGCAGAAGGAGAUCUUUGCGCCGGCGCAUAUGGACCACACCACGUUCUACUUCACUGAACCUUACACUACGCUCAAGCUCCACAUGCGUGGCGGCAACGGCGACGUCAAAUGGCUCAAGAAGUACCCGUUGAAGGUGCCUGAACAGGACAUGGGCGGCCAGGGGUGCUGGCUGACCGUCGGCGACUACUUGAAGUUUAUGAGAAUCUACUUAAACGACGGGCAGACGGCUGAAGGCACGCGUAUCAUCAAGAAGUCGACGAUGAGGUACGCCAUGCAAAACCACUUACCUAUCGGUUUGGGUGUACUGACGAUGAUGAACGACGCCGGCUGGGACUUACCUGCUGACGCUCCGCUCGACGGUUUCUCGCUCACUGGCCACGGGGUCAAUGGUGUCCAAUUGCCUCUGGGACGGCCUCAGGGGGCAGUGUACUGGCUGGGUAUCGGCAACUUGUACUACUGGAUCGACUAUAAGAAUGGGAUUGCCGGCUUCUGGGGCCAGCAGUUGCUCCCCUACCUUGACGGCCCCUCGCUUGAGUAUUACCGCCGCUUCGAAACGACGGUGUACAACCACGUGUCGGACACCUCCACCAAGCUCUGA